AUGAAUGCUCCAGACAGAUUUGAACUAUUCCUGCUGGGUGAGGGGGAGUCCAAGCUAAAGAUCGAGCCCGACACCAAGGCCCCCAACGCCGUGGUGAUCACGUUCGAGAAGGAGGACCACACGCUGGGCAACCUGAUUCGCGCAGAGCUGCUUAACGACAGGAAGGUGCUGUUUGCCGCCUACAAGGUCGAGCACCCCUUCUUUGCCCGGUUCAAGCUGAGAAUUCAGACCACCGAGGGCUACGACCCCAAGGACGCCUUGAAAAACGCCUGCAACAGCAUUAUCAAUAAGCUGGGCGCGCUGAAGACGAACUUCGAGACCGAGUGGAAUCUGCAGACCCUGGCCGCCGACGACGCAUUCAAUAUGUAA